CAGGGGGUGCUCCUCCUCCUCCUCCGCCCCCAGGGGGCGCUCCCCCUCCACCCCCAGGGGGACCUCCCAUGCCUCCGGGGGGACCUCCCCCUCCACCAGGAUUACCAGGUAAAAGCAAAAAAGAAGUGAAACAGCUAAGAUGGCGUAAGCAGAAUAUUCAUGUUCCUUCAACAAAGAAGUACGGAUCCUUCUGGAAGGGACUGGAGACUGUCGAAGUACCUCAAGCAAAGUUCUUAGAACUUUUCACUCAAGUGGAACAGAUUAAGAAAGCCGAUUCUGGUGAGUUAAAAAAGGAGAAGUGCAUUACAGUUCUGAGUAAUACAAGAGCUCAGAACAUACAGAUUGAAGUGAAGAGGCUCCCAGCAGCCAGACACAUUCGUAAUGCUAUACUGAACAUGGACAAGAUGUUCUUUAACAAAGAAAUGAUUGAGAAACUGCUCAAGUUGAUGCCAACUGAGGAGGAGCGGACUCAGAUACAAGAGAAACAUGCUGAGAGACCCGACCUACCCCUAGGGAUUGCUGAAGACUUUCUGUACACUUUAUCAUCAGUCAGUGAACUGGAGGCAAGACUCAGUCUUUGGAAAUUUGAAUAUGCUUUUCAAUCGUCUGAAGAAGAAAUAGCAGAAUCACUUAUGGACCUCAAAGGAGCUGUAGAAGAAAUACGGACGAGUAACACAUUGAAGCUGGUGGUAGGUGCAUUACUGUCUAUUGGUAACGUGUUGAAUGGACAGAAAGUUGAAGCAUUUGAGUUGGACUAUUUAAGUCGAGUGAACACAGUCAAAGACACAGUACAUAAGACUCCAUUAAUGGUCCAUCUUGUUGAGCUGGUUAUUGAACAGUUUCCUGAGUCUGGGGACCUCCACUCUCAACUGAACAGAGUCCACAGAGUCGCUAAGAUUGAUUGGAAUGACCAGAAGAAGACUAUGGAUACUCUCUCUGCCGACCUCACCAACAGCUGGAAACACCUGAGGGCCAUAGCAAGGCAAGAGACCUCAUCUGACUCCACCAGCAUGGACAAGAAACUCAAAUCAGCUCAGAGCCUCACUGACGCUGCCGAGAGACUGAGGGUCCUUGAGACGAUACAUAAGAGAGUCUUUAAUCGAUUUGAGAAACUCCUGCUUUAUAUGGGAGUGAACCCAAACCAUCUUAAUAAGUGGAAGAUUGACGAUUUCUUCAAGUUGAUCAGUGAAUUCUCGCUGGAGUACAGGACAGUACAUGGUAAAGUCCUGCAGAAGAUUGAGAGGAGAAAGAAGGACCAGGCCAGACUAAAGACUAAAGGAAAACUUAUUGCUCGAGUAUCUUCAGCGUCGUUUGAUGAAUUAGGGAAUGAUCAAAGAAGAAACUCUCAAGAUAUAUCGGAGGGACUCCUUCAACUAGAGGGAGGAGCAGGAGGAGGAGACAAGAAUAAAGUGGAGGCCACUGACCUCAUAUCUGUGCUAGCUGAUCAGGUUGUCAAGGAGACAAAGAAACGACAGAUGGGGAAGAGAAGGGUAGCGCCAAGGAAGCACAGAGAGGACAAGAAAACAAUUCGCAGGACUAUAGGUAAACCAGAAGAAUUGGAAUUACUUGAGAAAUUUAAUCGCUCGUGGAAUGAUGAACAAAGUGCAGCAGCAGCUGAAAAUGGAGAGCAAUAACGAACCUUCCCUCCCUCCCUCUUGAUCUUUCUUUCUUUCUCUCCCUCCCCCCCCCUCUCUCUCUCUCUCUCUCUCUCUCUGUAAUUUGUAUGUCUCUUGAACCAUUAUAUAGAUAUGGACAAUUAUUUUUCUUAGCCCAUUGUGAUUUGUAAAAUCAAAAAAUUAUUAUCAUUAUUCAAUAAUAUUCAUUUACUAUCAAUUUAUCAUUACAA